AUGGACUACUUUUUGAACCUGCCCAACGAACACACAGACAUGGACAUGGAAAUAAUGGAUACCCCUACAACCCGACGAAACAACCGACACAACUUUAACGAUUCCAUGUGUUCGCUUCAAUUGUCCGAUUUGGAGGAAGACUUGGAUUUUUCGCGGCACAAAGGAGGCAAUGUCGGAUCGGUGACGGUCGAAACGGCCAAUCCUGGCGGCAUGUGGUCCUCCCACAAGAAGCGCAGUUCCACCGCCAACGACGGAGAUGCCUGUGCCGCUGCGAGGUCUAAUGCGGCAUUUCUCCAACGACAAUACGAAGCUGCGGAAGGACGACAAGAACGAUCGGCACUACAACUACGACCCAUCAAACGAUCUCGAACCAAUGAAAAAAUUCCACAAAAGACAAACGGUGCCGUGGCACGUCAACACCGAUAA